AUGAUGUCUGUCGUCUCCACUGUGGAGAGCGUCCCCAGAGGUACGGACACCCCGACGCCGAGCCUUUACCAGCGGAUCAGGAGGGUCUUAACCAGGGACCUGCUGGUGACUCUCGCUCUGGGUCAGGUCCUGUCCUUGUUAAUCUGUGCCAUCAGUCUGACCAGCAAGUACCUGGCUGAUGACUUCCAUGCCAACACGCCGGUGUUCCAGAGCUUCCUCAACUACAUCCUGCUGUUCCUGGUGUACACAACCACGCUGGCAGUUAGGCAAGGGGAAGGGAACCUGCUGGCCAUCCUGAAGCAGCGCUGGUGGAAAUACAUGAUUCUGGGUUUGAUAGACAUCGAGGCCAACUAUCUGAUGCUCAAAGCUUACCAGUACACCACACUCUCCAGUGUGCAGCUGUUGGACUGUUUUGUCAUCCCAGUGGUCCUGCUGCUGUCCUGGUUCUUUCUUUUGGUGAGGUACAAGGCCGUCCACUUUGUCGGGGCAGGACUGUGUCUGCUGGGUGUCGGCUGCAUGGUGGGAGCUGACAUCCUGCUUGGUCGACAGCAAGGCCUUGGAGAGCAGAAGCUGUUUGGAGACCUCUUGGUCCUGGGUGGAGCGACGCUGUACGGGAUCUCCAACGUCUGUGAGGAGUUCAUUGUGAAGAACCUGAGCCGUGUGGAGUUCCUCGGCAUGAUGGGACUAUUCGGAUCCUUCUUCAGCGGCAUCCAACUGGCCAUCAUGGAACAUAAGGAACUGCUGAGGGUACCCUGGGACUGGCAGAUAGGUCUUCUGUACAUUGGUUUCAGUGCCUUCAUGUUCGGCCUGUACAGCUUCAUGCCGGUGGUGUUGAAGAGAACAAGCGCCACCUCAGUCAAUCUCUCUCUGCUUACAGCCGACCUGUACAGCUUCUUCUGUGGCCUCUUACUCUUUCACUACAAGUUCUCGGGACUCUAUUUGUUGUCGUUCUUCAUCAUUAUCUUGGGCCUGGUCAUUUACGCCACCUCGUCCACCUACGUUGCUCAGGACCCGCGAGUCUACAAGCAGUUCAGGAACACGGGCGGCCAGCACGCCAUUGAUCGGCCUCCGCAAAGUGCUGGAGUCCUUGAGCCCUCCGUCACCUACACCAGCCUGGGUCCCGAGGCGGGGGACGAGAUUCCUGUACGCGUCGCCUAA